GUCUCCUCGAACAUCUCGAGACAGCGGGACAGCACGCGAAUGCGCCGAGGCGCGAAAACCGAUGACAAUGCGAAGCGCCGCGUUCCGUUUGGUACGCCGACCGAUGCUGCUGAUGCUGGGUGCGUGCGUACCGUGCCUAUCAGAGGACACAGUCCUGUCAACGGAGUCGCCGGUGAAAGAUAACGAAGCGUGUGCUGCUGCUCGCUGCUCUCGUGUGCGCGUGAUUUUGAUCGUUCGUGCUUAAGUACUGUUCACUUGCGUUAUUUGAAAGUUUGCUAACGAAAAUACGUCCCCCUGUUAGCACUGCUCGUAAGUUAGUGUCGAUCGUUUUGUGUAAUUGUCAUUAGUGAUCGGUAGGAAGUGGUUGCUUGUAGCUACACGAAACGUAAAAGAUGUUUUAUUCGACACGAUAAGCUUUGCGUUAGCCUCUAUCGAUGAUUGGUGGUGAUCAUACCGUGAAAUUUCAGCUCCGUUAACGUGAAAUAGAACACAAAUUCAACGAACAAAAAACUCCUCACAAAUCACCCCCGAAACGAUGUAUCACGCACAGCAUUUGCAAACGCAGCAGCUACAACCACCGAACCAGCAGCAUACCUCCCAGCAACAGCAAGAUCAAGUGCGAUGGAAAGUGAAAACUCCGAUGCACUCUCCGCAGAGUACUUCCGAAGCGUCUCGCAAGCAACCCUACCCUCGGCCACAGUAUUACGCCGAAGCCGAUUCGAUAGGAUGCGUGGAGGUGCUGGCGACCGUGUGCUCGAUCGUGCUGAUGGUGCUGACCCUCCCGAUCUCGCUGUUCCUCUGCUUCAAGGUGGUGCAGGAGUACGAGCGGGCGGUCAUCUUUCGGCUCGGCCGAUUGCGGUCCGGUGGGGCCCGCGGGCCCGGCGUGUUCUUCGUGCUGCCCUGCAUUGACAACUACUGCAAGGUCGACCUGCGUACCGUGUCAUUCGAUGUGCCGCCGCAGGAGGUGCUGACGCGCGAUUCCGUCACCGUGUCGGUCGAUGCCGUCGUGUACUAUCGCAUCCGCGACCCGCUCAACGCGGUGGUGCAGGUCGCGAACUACAGCCACUCGACGCGCCUGCUGGCGGCCACCACGCUGCGCAACGUGCUCGGUACGCGCAACCUGUCCGAGCUGCUGACGGAGCGGGAAGCGAUCUCGCACUCGAUGCAGGUGACGCUGGACGAGGCCACCGAUCCGUGGGGCGUACAGGUGGAGCGUGUUGAGAUUAAGGACGUUUCCCUGCCCGACUCACUGCAGCGCUCGAUGGCAGCCGAGGCGGAGGCGGCCCGGGAAGCCCGUGCCAAGGUGAUCGCGGCCGAGGGUGAGAUGAAAUCGUCCCGCGCCCUCAAGGAAGCGUCCGACAUUAUGUGCGAAAGCCCGGCCGCGCUGCAGCUGCGCUACCUGCAGACGCUGAGCAGCAUUGCGGGCGAGAAAAACUCCACGAUCGUGUUUCCGCUGCCGAUCGAACUGAUCGGACCGCUGAUGAACUUUACCUCCUCGCUGGGCGUGCAGCGCACCACUGCCCCAGUGCGACCGAUGGCUCCGCCGGCCGCACCACCGUCCACAACGACCAGCACCUCGUCACCGCUCGGCGAUCCGAGCCAGCAGCAGUCGUUUGAGUAGCAACAGCCGCAACAGCAGCAGCAGCAGCUACCGAGGGUACACUUGCAGCGGCGUCACCAUCAUCAGCACCGACGACAUCAGCAGCGGCUUCCGCACCACCACCGGGCCCGGGAAGCUUCCGGGUCGGCCGGCGGAGACCGUAAGAUCGGACCCGGCGCGAUCGUCGGGUCGGCAUCGUCUUACUCCAUCUCCUCGGCGGAGGACUCUGCCCUCUGCUCUCCCACCAACCGUUUGGCACGAUUCAUUCUAGACCUGUAAGGUCCAGCGCCAGGAGGAAGAGAAGGAAGAAAUGCUCGAACUCACAGUCACACACACACUCACACGCAUACAGAUACAAGCAAACGACGGUCUACUGGUUGGCAGGAUGCUAAUACUUUUCCAUCCGCGUCGAACGAGCCACAAUCAAACGAAUUACCUAGUUGUUGAUGUUUUAACAGUGUUAUCAUUUUUGUCAUUCUAUUAUCUUUUGAAUGUGUUUUAACGUACUCCGAACAUGAUUGUAAAUAAAAAAAAAUAAAAGCCGU